AUCAGGGAACACGGCGGAAUGGACGGAGGAGGAAAAUUACAAAUUCCGGCUUAGCGCAUUUCAGGAUGAUCUCAAAAAACACAGUGAGACCGGCGUUGUAUCACAAAACGUUGUCCGAGUGGAUAGAGGAAGGCACGUGUUUACAAGAUUUGAGCGUUACUAGAAUUAGAAAUAAGGUGCCGUGGGCUCUGCCUUGCCCGCGCGAUGAAUCUCACUCCAUAUAUGUGUGGAUGGAUGCUCUAGUAAAUUACUUGACGGUCUUAGGAUAUCCAAAUGAAUCAUUCAAAGAAUUUUGGCCGCCCAUUGUUCAAAUAAUUGGAAAAGAUAUCCUGAAAUUCCACGGCGUCUAUUGGCCAGCGUUUUUAAUAGCCGCGGGACUUGAACCUCCAAAGACAUUACUGUGUCAUGCUCAUUGGACCGUUGAUCAUCAGAAGAUGUCGAAGUCGAAGGGAAACGUAAUAUCGCCUUUUAAAGCGGCGAACGAUUAUUCGGAAGAGGGAUUGCGAUACUUUAUUUUGCGAGAAGCAGUGCCGCAGAAUGAUGCAAAUUAUAGUUCGACAAAAAUUGUCAACACAUUGAACUCGGAAUUGGCGGACUCGUUGGGCAAUCUGGUCAGUCGCUGCGCGGGUAAAGCGAUCAAUCCAUCCAAAGAGUUUCCCGAUCCGGCGAAAUACUGGAACGUGUUGCGGUCACAGGCAGCCGACGAAAUCAGGGAAGCUUUAGAGUCUGUGGGCAAAAAAGCGGGCGAGAGUUACGACGAGUACAAUUUGCAUCACGUUGUGGACGCGGUGAUGAGUAUGGUCCAUUCCGCGAAUAAAAUGGUGGCGUAUCACGAACCUUGGCAGCUGAGGAAGCGAGUCGAUGACGCGGAUUCGAUCAACGAACUCAAAGCCGUGAUCUCGCUUGCUCUGGAGAGUAGUAGAAUAGCUGCCUUAAUAUUAUAUCCAAUUGCACCGAGACUGAGCAGCGGUCUGCUCGAUUUCUUGAAUGUCCCAAAGGAGAAUCGCAUGUGGACGGACACUACGCCUGAAUUCUUCAACAGCGGUAGAGCGAAAGAAAGGCAUAUCGAAAAUAAUAAUGUAAUAUUGUUCAAGAAAAUUAGAAGUCAAUAAAUAUUUAGAUAUUUCUA